AUGCUCUGGUACCAUGUACCGAGUAAAAAGUACUCGGUGCCGUUUCUCGACGGUUUGAAAAACCCCCACUCGCCCGUCUCCACUCUGCUGAACGUACAGCAUGGCAUUUUCACACAUCUCCCGACUUCUGGGCAGAGAAUCGGACUAUCGCUUCUCUCGCGUUACCGCAAACGACCAUAGCGCUGGACUUUGGAUUACCACAAUACUAUCGAUUAUUUACGCCCUUUUGGUUUUUGCAGUGCGUAUUGGAUACACGAAGCGGAGGGCCCAUGCUAUUGAUGAUGUUGUGGCUGCUUUAGCGCAUAUUAUAGGCCUGGGGAUGUGGGGAGUUUUGUUCAAAUCUUUGGGGAAUGGCCUUGGGAAAUCAUAUCGGGUCCUCGACGAUGCAGAAAUCUCCCAAGUACAGAAGUCCUUCUUUGCAAGCCGCAUCUUGCUCUACAUCGCACUCACCCUGUCGAAAGGCUCGAUUCUUAUUCUCAUUCCCACUGUUUUCUCGCGAAACACGGCGAUCUCGUACAUAGCAAAUGGCACUGCGGCCAUGCUCGCCGUAUGGUGCUUGAUUGGAGUCAUUGCAACCCCAGUCGUUUGCUCAACUGAAGUCAUCAUACCAAAACCUGGUAUCGGCCAUUGUACCAAUUUUAUUCCAUGGCUCCAAGUCCUUACCGUUGGCGAUAUCGUUACAGAAGUAGUCAUAAUAAUGUUGCCCAUGGUCGGGUUGUACAAGACGUUUAUGAACUUUGCCGACAAAGCUACCGUCAUGCUGGCCUUUUCUACCAGAAUACCGAAUAUCGCAUUUUCCCUCAUGUAUCUAUUUGCGUAUUCCGAAUUCGUCAACAACGCGUAUCCAGCUAUCAAAAUCGUGGCAACAGUCAGUUGGCAAAGCGUUCUUUUAUCGUAUAACCUCAUGUCGGCCACAACACCCCUGCUCAAGGGAUUUACGGCGGGCUUGACGAGCUCAGGUCUGUCCUUGGACUAUGCUCGAGACCCCACGACGGGCGGUUUCACCGGAGUGCAAGGGAGCUUUGAGCUGGCCUCGAUUGCACAAUCGAGAUCGAGGUCAAAAUCAAGAGCUCCGAUUCGUGAAGCGGCAUCGCAAGCCCAGAAUGCGCCGUUUCAAGAGGAUCCGGAGCUCAGGGCCAAGAUGACGGAACACAAAUCAAAACAAGGAACAAAAUGCUUCCACGAUGAGAGCGCAUCCAUGGCCAGCCACGACUCUCGUCAAAUAAUGAUCAAGCAGGACUGGGAGAUUUCAGAAAAUUACGAAUAG